GAAAGAAUCCAAAGAAGUUGCAACCUUCCGCUUGGCAUGUGACGAGAGACAGGUUACAAAAUCUAAACUCACAACAACUCACAGUCACGACUUGAACUUCAGCGACGUCCCUGCCAAUGGGGCUUGACAGGUUCUGCAGUCCGGACGGAUCCGACCAGUUUUGGGAUUGGAACCGCACAUGGAAUACUUCAAACCCAGACUUUACACAGUGCUUCCAGAACACUGUGCUGGUUUGGCUGCCAUGCCUGUACCUGUGGCUGUGUGCUCCCAUCUACCUCAUCUACCUCCGUAGCCAUAACCACGGCUACAUAUGCAUGAGUCACCUUAACAAAGCCAAAACUGCUGUUGGCUUUCUUCUAUGGAUUGUCUGCUGGGCAGAUGUUUUCUAUUCUUUCUGGGAAAGAAAUUCUGACAGUAGGGAUCCUGCGGCUGUCCACCUUGUUAGUCCUACCAUAUUGGGCUUGACCAUGUUGCUGGCCACCCUGCUGAUUCAGAAUGAACGAAUGAAAGGGGUUCAGUCAUCUGGAGUGUUGCUGGUUUUUUGGCUACUGUCCCUGAUUUGUGCCACAGUCACCUUCCGGUCCAAGGUCCUCCAAGCCAUAGACCAGCCGUCAGCUAUUUGUGUGUGGAGGUACACCACUUUCUUUGUGUACUACACCCUGCUGCUGAUUGCACUGAUCUUGUGCUGCCUGUCAGACCAGCCUCCCCUCUUCUCACAAGUUGUGAAAGACUCGAAUCCUUGCCCUGAGCCGGGAGCUUCUUUCCUUUCCAAAAUAACAUUCUGGUGGAUCACCAGGAUGUUGAUGAGAGGCUACAAACAUCCCCUUGAGGAGAAGGACUUGUGGUCUCUGAACCCUGAAGACUGUUCUCAGAAAGUGGUACCAAGGCUGGUUCAUUGCUGGAACACAGAGUGUCAAAAGGGCAAAAGGACACAGCAAAAGACAAUGUACUCUCCCAGACGGGCUUGUCACCCUGACAACAAGGAGAGUCAAGGUGCGGAGGAGUCUGAAAUCCUACUCAUAAAAAGCCCACAAAGAAAAGAGCCUUCCCUGCUGUGGGCACUUUGCUUGACCUUCGGGCCAUACUUCCUCAUCUCCUGCUUCUAUAAGUUCAUCCAAGACAUUCUCAUGUUCGUUGGCCCAGAGAUCCUCCGGCUGCUGAUCCGGUUUGUCAACAAUUCCAGCGCCCCCUCCUGGCAUGGCUACUUCUACACAGCUCUGCUCUUCUUAUGUACGUGUGUGCAGUCACUCAUCCUCCAGAGGUACUUUCAUGUCUGCUUCGUCUCAGGCAUGCGUCUCCGCACUGCCAUCGUUGGAGCUGUCUACAGGAAGGCGUUGGUUAUCAGCAGCGCUGCCCGCCGCACAUCCACAGUGGGAGAGAUCGUCAACUUGAUGUCAGUGGAUGCUCAGCGCUUUAUGGACUUGAUUGCUUAUAUCAACAUGGUAUGGUCCGCCCCUCUGCAGGUGGUGUUGGCCCUCUACUUUCUCUGGCAGAACCUGGGCCCAUCUGUUCUUGCUGGGGUGGCUGUGAUGAUUCUGAUGGUUCCUGUUAAUGCUUUUAUUGCCAUGAAAACCAAAACCUACCAGGUAGCGCAAAUGAAGAGUAAAGACAAUCGCAUUAAGCUGAUGAAUGAGAUGCUGAACGGCAUCAAGGUGUUGAAGCUGUAUGCCUGGGAGCUUGCCUUCAAGGGCAAGGUGUCAGAAAUCCGGGAGAGUGAGCUGCAGGUUUUGAAAAAGGCUGCCUACCUUGGUGCCGUGUCCACCUUCACCUGGGUCUGUGCACCCUUUUUGGUUGCCUUGUCCACUUUUGCAGUAUAUGUGCUGGUCGAUGAACAUAAUGUGCUGGAUGCCCAGAAGGCCUUUGUCUCACUGGCACUCUUCAAUAUCUUACGUUUCCCUCUCAACAUGUUGCCUAUGGUUAUCAGCAGCAUGGUGCAGGCGAGCGUCUCCUUGAAGCGACUGAGAGUCUUUCUAUCUCAUGAGGAGCUACAGGAGGACAGUGUGGAGCGCAAAGCAGUAGCCGGCUCCUCAAGCAGUAUAUCUGUAGUGGACGGAACCUUCAGCUGGUCUAAAACUGAAUCACCAGCACUAAAGAGGCUGAACGUGUGUAUCCCAGAUGGUUCCCUCGUAGCCAUUGUAGGACAUGUCGGGUCUGGAAAGUCCUCUCUGCUGUCUGCCCUGCUUGGAGAGAUGGAAAAAAUUGAAGGAAGCGUGGCUGUCAAGGGUUCAGUGGCCUAUGUGCCCCAGCAGGCCUGGAUACAGAAUUCCACACUGAAAGAAAACAUCAUAUUUGGGCAGGAGACAAUCGAAACCUGGUAUCAACGUGUGGUGACAGCCUGUGCCCUUCAACCUGACCUUGACAUCCUGCCUGCUGGAGACACAACAGAGAUUGGUGAAAAGGGUGUCAAUCUGUCUGGCGGUCAGAAGCAGAGGGUGAGCCUCGCCAGGGCAGUUUACUGUGACCGCGCCGUGUACCUGCUAGAUGACCCGCUGUCUGCUGUUGAUGCUCAUGUGGGAAAGCACAUCUUUGACCAAGUCGUUGGCCCACAGGGCUUGCUGAAGGACAAGACUCGUAUACUGGUGACACAUGGGCUGAGCUACCUGCCACAAGUUGACCUGAUCCUGGUCAUGGUGGAUGGAGAAAUCACAGAGGUUGGCUCGUACCAACAGCUCAUGGCCACUGACGGUGCCUUUUCUGAAUUUCUGCAUACGUACGCCGGGGUUGAGCAUGAAGACAACAAUGAUUCAGAAACCGCUCCAAAAAGAGGAUCCAAAGUAAUUGAGAAUGGCAACAUCACUGGCCUUGCUGGUGCUGUUCAGAGCAGCAGUCCACCCAAACUGGCCCAGUCAGUCAAGGAGAAAGAGGAGUUGGACAAGAAGGAUAAGAAGGCGAAUGCGGGCAAGCUGACUGAGGCUGACAAGGCCAGCACUGGACGGGUCAAGCUGUCUGUGUUCUGGGCCUAUUUUAAAGCCAUUGGCGUACUUCUGUCCUGCAUGAGCCUGCUGCUAUUUUUUGCCCAUCACCUGCUUUCGCUGUUCUCUAAUUACUGGCUCAGUCUCUGGACUGACGACCCUGUAGUGAAUGGCACCCAGCCUGAUAGACAAUUAAGACUGGGGGUGUAUGGAGCUCUCGGCCUAUCCCAGGGGGUGGCAGUGUUUGGCUACUCUUUGUCCAUGUCCAUUGGGGGCAUCCUGGCGUCUCGCUGUCUUCAUCAGUCCAUGCUCUAUGAUGUCCUCCGCUCGCCCAUGUCCUUCUUUGAGCGAACCCCCAGCGGUAACCUUGUCAACCGCUUUGCCAAAGAGAUGGACACCAUUGACUCUGUGAUUCCCAGUAUUCUUAAGAUGUUCAUGGGCUCCAUGUUUAACGUGGUGGGCUCUUGUGUUGUCAUCCUGAUUGCGACACCUUUUGUGGCGAUCAUCAUUCCCUUCCUCGGACUGCUCUACUUUUUUGUGCAGAGGUUUUACGUGGCAUCCUCACGCCAGCUGAAGCGCCUGGAGUCAGUCAGCCGUUCGCCCAUCUACACCCACUUUAAUGAAACUCUAUUGGGCACAUCUGUCAUCAGAGCUUUUGGCGAACAAGAGCGCUUUAUUCGAGAGAGCGACCGGAGAGUUGACCACAACCAGAAGGCUUACUACCCCAGCAUUGUGGCAAACAGGUGGCUGGCAAUUCGUCUGGAGUUUGUUGGCAGCUGCAUUGUGUCAUCCGCUGCCUUGUUUGCCGUCAUAGCCAGAAAAAACCUCAGCCCAGGUAUCAUGGGCCUGUCAAUCUCCUACGCCCUUCAGCUGACGGCCUCUCUUACCUGGCUAGUCAGGAUGUCCUCUGACGUGGAGACCAACAUUGUGGCCGUGGAAAGAGUGAAAGAGUACAGUGACACAGAGAAAGAGGCCGAGUGGAAGCACGAGCCAUCCAGCCUGUCUUCUGGGUGGCCCACUGAAGGAUGCAUCGACUUCAAAUGCUUCGGUCUGCGAUACCGCCACGAUCUGGACCUGGCUAUCCGCAACAUCACUGUCAGCAUCAAGGGCGGAGAAAAGGUGGGGAUUGUGGGACGCACUGGAGCAGGCAAGUCGUCACUCACGCUGGGACUGUUCAGAAUCAUUGAGGCAGCUGAGGGACAAAUUUUUAUUGAUGGGGUGAACAUUGCUCAACUGGGCCUCCACGAGCUUCGCUCCAGGAUCACCAUUAUACCACAGGACCCAGUGCUGUUUUCAGGCUCUCUGAGGAUGAACUUGGAUCCGUUUGACAGCUACUCUGAUGACGACAUAUGGAGGGCUCUGGAGUUCUCCCAUCUGAAGACCUUUGUGUCCGGCCUGCCAGACAAACUGAGCCAUGAGUGCAGUGAAGGAGGAGAGAAUCUCAGUGUGGGUCAGCGCCAACUGCUUUGCCUAGCCAGAGCAUUACUCAGAAAGACCAAGAUUCUAGUUCUCGACGAGGCCACUGCUGCUGUUGACAUGGAAACUGACAACCUGAUCCAAACAACCAUCCGCUCUCAGUUUGAGGAAUGCACUGUCCUGACCAUAGCUCAUCGCCUCAACACCAUCAUGGAUUACACCAGGGUGCUGGUUUUGGAAAAAGGCCAAAUGGUUGAAUUUGAUUCCCCACCCACUCUCAUAGCUCGAAGGGGUGCCUUCUACAAUAUGGCCAAGGAUUCUGGUCUGGUCUGAAGCUCGGUGACGCCAUGCCUCUAAAUGGACACUGCUAAAGAGUCACCAGAGUUGUUACCUUCAGUUUGACAAAGACGGAGCUCCUCUUUACUUGCUCCUGCUUGUCAGUCUGUCAGAAGUGGGAAGGAUUUUUCUGUAGCUUUUAUUUGGCACCCCGUGUACGUGUGUUUCGGAAAAAUGGGUCUCCCCACUGUCAAAAAGAAGCGCCAUAUUGAGGAUUUUCCCAGUUCCGUACUAUAUACGGAAAAGAUUGUUUACAGUCUGCAAAAUUACAAAUGGAUUGGUGCAAAGUUCCUCAUCAAACAUUUGGCUGAUUGGGGACACAUUUCAACAAAGCUGACCAACUCAUCAAGUUAAAAAUGUUAACCAGCUGACAUAGGUUAAAAAAAUCCUCAUUCUCCUUAUGUGUCUGGCCAAAGUCCCAAAUAAAUGUGUAAGCAGUGGCCAGUUUUGCUUUCCAUUAGGUCAACAAUCGACUUGUAUUUUGACAUGGUACAGAGCUGGGCCGUGCUAAGUAUGCAGGGAAAAGCACUUGUUUUAUGUGAAUGUUAACUUCUCCAGGAUGGACAGGGUCGUGUAGCGUUUUAGACCGUUUUCAGGUUUACCUUCAGGACGGCAGGAGCGAGAGUUGAAGAGCAGCAGCUGAUGAGUCCGAAAAUAUCUGCUUGCUGUUGAUGGUUUUAAUAUGAAACCCCAAACGCACAAGUUCAAAGGAUCUGGAGGACAGAUUCCAAUUUUCUGCCACUUUAUGUGCUUCAUUAUUUAUUUAUUGUGUUUUGUCUGUUCAGCAGCUUUAAAGUGAUGUACUGAUCAUUUGUUAAAAUAGGUGGAGCUGAAGUACAGUCAUCUUUUUUUUCCUCUGGAAGCCUUGGCAAAUUCGAGAAAUAUAGUUUUAGCGCACAUUUUAGUGAAGGUAUAUUGCUUUAUUUGUUGGUAAACUACUGAAUUUUCUUUGGUUUAAAAUACCAGCAAGCAGAAGAAAUAAUAAUAAAUCUGCAUAUUGGCAGCAGUGUUGUUAAUAUUGAAUACAAAUUUUACCUCUUGUAAGGAGAAAAGUUUGAUUUGACAUUACUUUGGCAUGUUAGGGGUGGGCGAUAAUACAUGAAUACAGGGGCCACAGUAAUGCGGAUGCCGAUGUUGUUACUUUGCUUUUAAUUUCUUCAACAUGGUCAUACACUAGAUAUCCGCACAUUUGCGCUUCAGCAUGCACUGAAUUUGAAUUUUUCUCCAAAAAUAGCUAAUUUAUUUUUUCUUGCCAUUUUUGGUGGUCCCUGAACCCCCCACUCCUAUAGAAACACCUGCCGAUGGAAUAACAACAAAAGAAUAUUCUUGAAUAAGUAGAUGUGUGAUUUUGAUGACACCAGCAGACUCUCCAAUGUUUAUAUGAUGUUUGUCAUGUUGUCCUUUACGUCUAGUUCGAUAUCAUGGCAUUAUGUAUGUGCUUUCAUUUCAUCACACAACCGUAUGGAUGCCUGGUGCUCAGACUGUCUGUUAGGUGGGAGAGAACUUACGUGGUUGUUGCAACUUCACAGGCGAUUUUGUCUAGUUGUAAUCAGUCGAUGUUCUGUUAUCAACAAUAGCCUUUAUUUAGCUUUACUUGUUCAAGUCGCUGGGAUGCAUAUGCAAGCCGUAGCCGAGUGCGCGUGCGUCCGUGUGCUGUCAAUCAAGAUUCUGUUCUCUUUACAAAAGAUGAUUGUAACUUAUUUUGUUGUUGCUCAUGCAAAGCCUGUGGAGAUUAAAGAAUAUAUGUUACAAAUGUAUUAUCAUGAAGUAAAUAGUUGAGAUUUUUUGUGUAUGUUAUCAGUUUUAAAUAAAUGCGAUGUUU